GUGGACUCUAAGAGUGCUACGACGUGUACAGAGACUCUGCAAUAAAAAAAACAUAAAUUGGCGAUGCCGCCGAAGCGUCGGAGAAGAUUCCAAGGCCUAUAUUACCAUUCAUCGCCACCCAAAGUAAUGCCGAUGAACGGACAAACAGGCGGCCUGAAUGGAAGCAAGCGUCGCAACAACGAUGAUUUCUCGGUAAAGCUAUCCACCAUUCGUAUCUGGAUGCACGAAAAGGACAUUGGCAAACUGACACGCAUUCUGUGGGCGGGCCAAGGACAUCGCUUGUGCCAGCAGGCCAGCAAUAAUGGGCGUGUCAAGCGUUUCCUUGCCGCCGUGCCACAUGUCAUGAAUGCCAUUAAGGAUCUGCAUCAGGCGGUGAUCGACAACAAUUUGGAAACGGUGCAGGCGCAGCUGGAGCCUCCCGUGCCCGCUGCCUUGGUGACCUGCAAGGACGGCAAUGGACUGAAUGUCAUCCACAAGGCCGCCGGCUUGGGCCACACCAAGAUCCUGGAGUAUCUGGUCGGUCUCUGGCCGGAGGGCGCCCACGAGAUGGACAUCACCGGCAAGACGCCGCUCCAUUGGGCAGCCAGUGCCAAAAACAACAUGCGCUGCUAUACCCUGCUCACCCAGGCGGGUUGUGACGAGGAGGCCCUCGACUAUAAAAUGAAGACAGCCUCGUACUACCGCCACAAGCCGCACGAAAUCGAGCGGGCUUUCCUCGUCUAUGUCCCGGAGGCACCGCGUGUCUCCCCCGAGAGCAUCACUGACUGGGAGGCCUUGAGCAAUGAGAAUGGCGAGAAUGGUGCCGGAGGCGAUGCGGGCAGCAAGAAAUUGGACAUUAAAAUGACACCGGCUGUGAAUGGACGUAAAUCGCUGGACGACAGCAUCGAGAACACUUCGGAGCUGGACACAAACGAUGGUACAAGUGCCAAUGAUGACGAAGAGGAUUUGUCCAAAGCGGAUUUGGAUGCGGAUGUAGAUCCGGUACCGGUUCCGCCGGAAGUAUCGCCAUUGCAGCGCAGACCGGAAACGCCGGCCACAUUCAACAAUGGCCACAUUAAUGGCGAUAUCGAAGGCGACACCGAAGACAGUGAGGCGGAGAAUAUUGCAAGAGCUAUAAGCGGCGGUAAAGAAGGAGAAGAUGGCCAGGGUGGAGAGGAGGAUCAAGAAAAACAGGAGGAACCGAAGGAACCGAAGGAACAGGAGUCUGCUGCAAACGAGGAAUUGAAUGAUGAGCAGGAAAACCACGAUGAAAAUGUCGCAGAGAGUAAUGAUGUGGAACAGAAGGAGGAGGAGCAGCCUGCCACAGAGAGUGAGCCAGAAGUUAACGAAAAGACUGAAGAGGCGGAGCCAGAGAUGGAAGCUGAAGAGGAACUGCCAGAGGCGGCAGUUGAAGAGGAAAAGAUCACCAAGUUGGAGGAGCCAGUGGAACCAGUGGCUGAGGAGAAGGAGAUACAGGAUCAGGAUAAUGUAGAGAAUGAUGAGAACGAUGACGAUGAUGAGGUACACUUUGGCGUGCUCUAGUUGUCCAACGUGCAAAGUUUUUUUGUAGUUUGUAUUGUGUGUGCCAUUCAACCGCUCAAACCACUUUUUCCAAAUCUUCAAACUCAACUGUGAACUGUAAAAUGAAAGCAAACUAACUAUCUAACAACCAAUCAAUCAAUCAAUCAAAUGCAGCAGGCACCCAAAUUCCAUUCAUUCUAAUUGUUUUCCACACCAAAAAUAACAGCAGAAACUACAGCAAGAGCCACAGCCACAGCAACAGCAACAACUGCAGCCGCAAUCCAAGAAAGAAUAACAGUAGCAAUCAGCUUAUAUAAUUAUAUAACCAGACUUUUUACUUCUUUAUGCAGCUAUACAUAGACUCUUUAUAUAUACCAAUAUAUUUUGUAAAAGCAACUGGAAGUAAAAAAAAUAAUAUUAAACCAUAAACGAUUACAGUAACCAA